GCGAAGGGGUUUGUUUUGUUUCAUCUUCGGGCAACAUCAACCAUCAUAUCACCUAUAACUAGCUAUUCUAUCUGGCGUCGUCGCAACAACUUCAAAUUCACACAGGGUCAAGCUUAAUCUCCAGACUUCCUCCUGUCUUGUAAUAGUCGCAUAGAUAACUCCUGUCUUGGGUUUUUGCCCUUCCCGGAUCUUUUUUCUCUGGGCGCGCCACCGACCCUCGAGACUGCGGGCCGGCGAUUGGCCCGUUUCCACUGCUCAGCCUCAGUUGGCGGCUCCCACGCCUUCGAUAUUCUCCAGCAUCCAGCAUCCAGCAUCCAGCAUCCAGCAUCCGAUAUCCAAUCCAUCUGACAUCCAUCCAUCGCUCGCUGGCCAGCACCGACAAACUCCAACCACUCCUGCCUGCAUCCCACGCCUCCUAUCUCGGUCUUUUCGCUCCCUGCAUCGAGAGGCUACAUCUAGCCUCCCCCCCGUCCGAGUGCGCAGGAUUUGCGUCUAUCUCUCUCCCCUUGGCGUUUCGCUGCUAUUGUUGCCGCGCCCUUCCCCGCUGGAUGUGAACCUCCAUCCGCCACCCCUCAGCAUAUAUCUCCACCGUCCUGAAAGACGGAGACGGCCUGCUGAGUUAGGACUGCCGUCAGAAUGGGUUCCAAUUUGCCUGCCCAACCAAAUCUCAGAGUCACAAUCAUCGCAGCUGAUGGCCUGUACAAACGCGAUGUUUUCCGGUUCCCCGAUCCGUUUGCAGUUGCCACGGUUGGUGGUGAACAAACUCAUACUACUUCGGUGAUCAAGAAAACACUCAACCCAUACUGGAAUGAAGUCUUUGACCUGAGAGUCACAGAAGAUUCCAUUCUCGCCAUUCAGAUUUUCGACCAGAAGAAGUUCAAGAAGAAGGACCAGGGUUUCUUAGGUGUCAUAAAUGUUCGCAUCGGAGAUGUGAUAGACUUAGACGUUGGUGAUGAUGAGAUGCUUACGAGAGACCUGAAGAAGUCCAAUGAUAAUCUUGUUGUCCACGGGAAACUGAUCGUUAACCUAUCUACUAACCUGUCGACACCCGUUCCCCCACAGAACGGCUCCUUACGCCCUCCUCAUAACGCUCCUCCCUCUUCAACUUCUUAUCAGCAACAACUUCGACCCCAGUCUUCCACGUCGGCUACUCCUGCCGCCACUAGCCAAGGAGCCAGCGAUCAGCCAGCUGCUGCUAACCCCGCGUCCAUGUUUCCCUCUCGAGCUCCUUCUGCCGCAACCCCCGCCCCUUCAGGUUCCCUUCUUGGCGGAGCUGGUCAGACGGCGAAUGGAUCGACCUCUUCUAGAGCCAACCUGAGCUCCUUCGAGGAUAGCCAAGGAAGAUUGCCCGCGGGUUGGGAACGACGAGAAGAUAAUCUAGGCCGGACGUAUUACGUCGACCACAACACCAGAACGACAACAUGGACACGUCCUUCGCAGCACUACAACGAGCAGGCCCAACGCACCCAGCUGGAAGCCAACAUGCAGAUGGAGCGCAGGGCUCAUCAAAGUCGAAUGCUCCCCGAAGACCGCACAGGCGCAAAUUCGCCAAAUCUGCCAGACUCUCAGCAGCCGGGCACCCCCCCAGGUGUUGCCAAUGCAAAUGCCGCUUCUAUGAUGGCCACGGGAGCUACGACAGCCGGCACUGGAGAGCUCCCAGCUGGAUGGGAACAGCGUUAUACCCCUGAGGGCCGGCCAUAUUUUGUGGACCAUAACACGAGAACGACCACCUGGGUGGAUCCGCGUCGACAGCAAUAUAUCCGCAUGUAUGGUCAAAAUGCUAAUGGAAAUAAUACCACUAUUCAACAACAGCCCGUGUCUCAGCUCGGGCCGCUACCAAGUGGCUGGGAAAUGCGUCUCACCAACACAGCUCGAGUGUACUUUGUUGAUCACAAUACGAAGACUACCACCUGGGAUGAUCCACGACUCCCCUCGUCCCUCGACCAAGGUGUUCCGCAAUACAAGCGCGAUUUCCGGCGCAAGCUUAUUUACUUCAGAUCCCAGCCGGCGUUGCGGAUCAUGUCUGGCCAAUGCCAUGUCAAAGUCCGGCGAGGUGCUAUUUUCGAGGAUUCAUACGCGGAAAUCAUGCGCCAGAGUGCGUCGGAUCUGAAAAAGAGACUAAUGAUCAAAUUCGAUGGGGAAGAUGGGCUCGAUUAUGGUGGCCUUUCGAGAGAAUUCUUCUUCUUGCUUUCCCACGAAAUGUUUAACCCGUUCUACUGUCUAUUCGAAUAUUCAGCACAUGAUAACUACACGCUCCAGAUUAACCCUCAUUCCGGCAUUAAUCCUGAGCAUUUGAAUUAUUUCAAAUUCAUAGGGCGUGUCGUCGGCCUUGCCAUCUUCCACCGCCGCUUCCUUGAUUCGUUCUUUAUCGGCGCAUUUUAUAAGAUGAUGUUGAGGAAGAAGGUUACCCUGCAGGAUAUGGAGGGUGUCGAUGAGGAUUUCCACCGAAAUCUAACAUGGACAUUGGAACAUGAUAUUACCGGCGUAUUUGACGAGCUCACAUUCUCCAUUGACGAUGAUCAAUUUGGCGAGAGGAAGACUGUUGACUUGAUACCAAACGGCAGUAACAUCCCGGUUACCAACGAGAACAAAAAGCAAUAUGUUGAGCUGAUCACAGAAUGGAAAAUCCAGAAAAGAGUAGAAGAACAGUUCAAUGCUUUCAUCACUGGAUUCAACGAGCUUAUCCCUGCUGACCUCGUCAACGUCUUUGACGAGCGUGAAUUGGAGCUUCUCAUUGGUGGUAUUGCCGAUAUCGACGUGGAUGACUGGAAGAAACAUACCGACUACCGCGGCUACCAGGAGCAGGACGAAGUGAUCCAAAACUUUUGGAAGGUCAUACGGAGCUGGGAUUCGGAGCAAAAAUCUCGCCUCCUGCAGUUCGCAACGGGUACCUCUCGCAUUCCAGUUAACGGCUUCAAGGAUCUGCAAGGCAGCGAUGGGCCUAGGCGGUUUACCAUUGAAAAAUCUGGAGAGAUCACCGCGCUGCCCAAGUCGCAUACUUGCUUUAACCGCUUGGAUCUACCACCGUAUAAGACGUACGAACAACUGCAGCAUAAGCUAUCUAUCGCUGUUGAGGAGACCUUGGGCUUCGGCCAGGAGUAAAUGUAACCCCAAGCCAUGCAUAUGUUAUUUAACUUAUUGUUGUUUAUUCCUACUUUUCAUUCAUCAGAGAAGCCGACUCAUAUUCAUAUUUGUUUAUUUUGUCUUUUGUCUGAUGUGCUUCUAUGAGCUUCCUUCCUACCGCCAUAUAUUUUGUGUAUAUUUUGUGUUUUUCUCCUUGUUUUUCGCCUCUCUCUUCUGUACAAUGUAGAGACCAAGCAGGGUUGUUAGGGGGAAAUUGAACCGGGGAAAACAAAGCAUCCUAUCUAUUAUCCUGGCUUAAAUAACCCCUUUUUCCCAUCAUAUUCUCUUUUUAUAUCACUGUGCCCCUCAUUUUUUUCCCUAACUUUUUUUACUUUCCCUUCUCUCCGUAUCGUGUUACUGUACUCUUUCCCUUUUCAUGUUCCUUGUCUCCCCUUAGUGACGAACGACCGGCAAUAUAUUGUGUUCCUUUCCUGUCCUUUCAUUCCUUCCCCGCCCGAUCUAUGUAUGUAACGAUUCCCCCAUUUCUUUUCCCCCUUUCAUAAUUAUAUAAUUGCCCCUGUCUGGAACCUGCGCCCGGUGACAUCAUCAAUCGUUUGAAAUAAAGAAGUCCGUUUUCUUUCAUAUAUGCGUGUGUGCGCGUAUGUAUCUAUGGGAAGGAGGGGGAGAAUUAAGCAAAAGGAUAGAGAGCGAGGAGAGAAGUAAGCUAUGUAUGAGAAACGGCUUGACGGUCCUUUUAUAGGAGUAAACUAACUAAUUUGUUAACACUCCCCC